AUGGAUUCUAUCACUGCAGAGGAGUAUCUCGCCAACCAGCUCCAGCUGGAAAAAGAGGCUCGUCAUCUGAUGCCGUAUGAUCCCAAAGUGUGCACGUACUCACUAGGACCAAUAAGACAGCACAUAUACGCCUGCUUGACGUGCUCGCGUCAGAAUGGCCAUCCUGUAGGCGUAUGCUACGCGUGUUCCAUCCAAUGCCACACGUCGCACGACCUUGUGGAGCUAUUUGCCAAAAGAUCCUUUACAUGCGACUGCGGGACCAAGCGGACAGAGAAGUACGGCGUUUGUUCUCUAAGAACCACCAUUGGCAAGAAGACCACCAUCAAUAAGGACCAACUGCCUACGGACAUACCCUCGAGCACCAACUUGUACAAUCACAAUUACGAGGGCACGUUCUGUGCUUGUCGCAAAAGAUACGAUCCUACAGACGACAGCAACAUGUUCCAGUGCACUUUUGGCGAUGCGUGCGGAGAAGACUGGUUCCACGAGGAAUGCAUCAUGGGAAUGCGACCGGGGGACGUGAAUCGGCGCCAAAUCAAGGGGGAGGGAGAAAACAAGCUGGAGUCAUUAUCUGAGCCGGGGCUGGAUGCGCAGGAAGAUCAGAAACACAGAGAAUUGCUGGAGAUCCAGCCCUUACCAGGAUUCCCAGAUCUGGACGACUUUGACACCAUUAUCUGCUGGAAAUGCGUCCAAAAAUACAGAAUGGAGAUGGAAAUGCUUGUAAAAGAACUAGGAUGCGAGACAAUUACCAGAAAAGUGAAACCUGAGCCGGAACAGGCCAAAAGAGCCAAGACAGAGCCGUCGUUCACCAUUUUCCUAAAGGACAACUUCAAGGACCAGUUACAGAAGAUAAUCACAGAAAACAAACCCGAGAACAUGCCAUUGAUAUCCCUCCUCAAGGUGCACACGUACUUGUACCUCGAAGACUCGAUUUACAAGCCACCGGAGGACGAGGACGACGACUCGUCGAUCUUCGAGCUGGGGCUGCGCAACCUCAGCAAGUUACCUGUGGAGAGCGCGAUCUCAAGCGUGCACGCGUAUGAAAAGGUGAAGAGCAAGCUGACAGAGUUUCUCCGGCCGUUUGCAGAGCAGAACAAGGUCGUCACGGAGGAGGAAAUACGGUCGUUUUUUAACGGCAUCGAGUGAGGAAAAUAAAUACGCCCUGGGCUGUGCACCGGUGAUUAUUAUUUCUUAUCUCAAAAUCAGAUUACCUUUUUUCCUUGCUCCGCAAACAUGUUGGGACUCAUUGCGGUGGGUAUCGUAUUAGUGGACAAAACCACCAAGAAAAUUGAUGCGACGCGUGCCAAGAAGCGCAAGAAUAGGCUGGUAAGGUACUCGGAGUCGAUGAACGUCUCACCGCCACCCUACGUGAAGCUGUCAAAGUUUGUGGGCAGUAGGGAGUUUGGGACGCCGGUUCAGACUUCUGUUCCGCGCAGUAUCCGCUACAUUGAAGUAAAUUGCAACCGGCACGUGGAGAGCAUCAAAUUCAUCACCUAUUCUGGCGACACGUACAUGUUCGGGUUCUGGAAGCCUGUUAAGGAUACGUAUCGGGUAGAACUAGAAAGGGGAGACAAAAUCACCAAGAUAUACUUGAAAUUUGGGCAAUAUCUGGACAAGAUCAAGUUCGAGACGAAACUGGGCGGACAGACCAAGUCCAUGGGCAAGUGUCUGGCCGGCAAGUACUUGGAAAUACCCAUUGACGAGGAUCGGCAGCUGGCUGCAAUUAAAGGCAUGUAUUGUCAACACAUCAACGGGAUCCAGUUUGUCACAUCCAUGUGACGUUGGCGUGUUUGGGUUAUUGAUAUGGGGUUGUGCUGCGGCUUGCACGGAUGCGGCCGACGGUUGCUUUUUCCUUGGCGACGCUAUCGAGAAUUUUGAUAUAUUUUUCGAGAAACUUGUUUUGACUGGCGAGCGAAUCUGUGCGUCUUUUGUACAUCUCCGUUUCUCUGUCGAGUUUUGUCUGCUGCAGCUUGCGGAAAUCGCCUUUGCUUUCUGUAUGCACCGCUUCGAGCUUCUUUUUUGUCUCCAUCAGCAUCGACGACAUUUCCGCAGCAGCAGACGAUUUCUGCUGGUAUUCUGCACGGACAGACUCAUUUUCCGCCAUAACUUUCUGGUACUCGACUUCUAGCCGUUUCAACUCGUCUUGUAAGGCGCUGAUUGCAUCCUGCUGCUCAUGCAGCGCUGUUUCUGUAGCUCCGUUCCGUGCUCGGUUGGUGUACUCUUCCAUGCGCUCCUUAAGCCUUCGGUCUGUCUCCUCAACGGUACGCAAGUCUUUUUCACACUUUUCGACCUGCUUGGCCAAAGUUUCCGCCGUGGUUUUGGUUGUCUGCAGUUUUCUAAAAACGUCUCCCAUGGCCUCCACAACGGCCUCCAGCUGGGCCUGGCGCUGUGAGUCGUCCUCGCGAAUACCCGCAAGGUGUCUCCGCUGCGUGUCAACAGUGUAAACUAGCUCCUGGUAGCGGUCGUAGAUCAACCGGCCAAGCCUUAGCUGGUACUCGUGGUACGUCAGGCCCACCAACGGAGACUCCUCAAGCUUGAUUUUCUUGGGAUCGUCCUUUGGAGCCAGCGACAGGUUGAAAAAUUCGUAGCGGUCCAGAUGGUACGGUGUCUCAAGUUCCAGGCUCGCCAGCGCUUCCAACGCGUCGUUGUCGCUCACUGUCUCUAUUUCUUUGCUCUCGGUGUAUGGAUACCUGCCCUGGCCAUCGAGCCAACUGACAACGUCUUGCAAUUCCGGACCUGGUGUAGCGGCAUUCCUGUUCACCAAUACCAGUUUGGCGAGCUGUUUAUCUCGUUCGUCGCCCGAAAUUGCUCUGUCCAGCGCAAGAUCGAAGUAUUCGAUGCCGUUCAGAUAUAUUGGCUUGAUAACCGGAAUUGCGAGACUCUGGUCCAGCUUUGCGUCCAGCGAGAUCACCAAGUCACUGCGCAGCUCCUCGAAACGUGCCAGACUUUGCAAUUGGUUCGAUAAAAUCAGGUACACGCUCACGACCCGGUUUUUCUGCUGCUCGAUUUUAUGGUACAGCGGGCUGUUUUUCGAGAUCCGCGGCGUGUAGUCGUCUGUGCCGUUAUUCUUGCCAUUGGCGGCUGCUGCAUGCGGCGACGGCAUGGUCGGGUUGCUCAAUUCCUGCUUGCUGAAGUCGAACGAGCCGUGAUUGUCGUAGUAGAGCGAAGAGCCACUGAACCUGUAGUACUGAAGAUCCCGCUUGCCAAUCAGGAUGCCCUCGAUCAGGUCUAGCUCGCGCGAGCUUGCCGCCGUCACAAUUACGGUGCGUGGCUGUUUGCGCACGGCAAGCCGGCUCAGAAGGUCGUCGACGCAAACAUACUUGGCAGAGGACCGUUUGAGGUUGUGUUUGGGGUUCAUCAACACCAUGUUUCUGGACAUGAAAUGAUCCACAAGCAGACUCGAAUGGUUCGCUAUCUGCCGGAGGUUUGCGACGAAAAGCUCAAGCAUGGCCGAGCUGCUCAAAGUGUCCGAAUCUAUCUCGUCCUUUACCUGUCCCGUUAAUAGCUU